ACAAAAAAGGUUAAGGAGCAGAGCAGCGGUGUGGCUGCAGAGAACGAGGGCUCCGAGCAUACGGUGGAACCUUCCUCCGCUGUAAGCGACAGCGUGACAUCCCCGGCAUCCCAGAGCGCGUCCGGCGACAGGGCCGCCGGAGAGCAGGACAGCGACGCCGAGGAGCUGACAGAAGAAGCAAAAGAAGGCGCCUUCUCCAAUUUUCCUCUCUCCCAAAACACUAUCAACCUUCUCAAAGCUCGAGGUGUAAAAUACCUGUUCCCUGUGCAAGUGAAGACUUUUCAGCCCAUAUAUGAUGGCAAAGAUGUAAUUGCUCAAGCUCGAACAGGAACGGGGAAAACCUUUUCUUUUGCUCUUCCACUGACUGAAAAACUUCAGAGUGUCUCACAAGAUGGGAGAAGAGGCCGUGCACCAAAAGUGCUGGUUCUUGUUCCAACCAGGGAACUGGCCACUCAGGUAGCCAGAGACUUCAAGAAUCUCACCAGGAAACUGUCGGUGGCUUGUUUUUAUGGAGGAACUCCGUAUAAAGCACAGCUUGAUCUCCUUAAAAGUGGCAUUGAUAUUCUAGUGGGAACUCCUGGACGGAUCAAAGACCACAUUCAGAAUAGCAAACUGGAACUUUCCAGCGUGAAGCACGUUGUUCUGGAUGAAGUUGAUCACAUGUUAGACAUGGGCUUUGCUGAACAAGUGGAAGAAAUCUUAGGAUUUGCUUAUAAAAAAGGUUCUGAGAACAACCCCCAGACACUGCUGUUUUCUGCAACUUGUCCACGAUGGGUACAUGAUGUAGCAAAAAAAUACAUGAAAGAUGAAUAUGAACAGAUUGACCUGAUUGGAAAGAAGACUCAAAGGACUGCCACGACUGUGGAACACUUGGCUAUACAGUGUCGCUCAUCUCAGAGAGCAGGAGUUCUUGGGGAUAUCAUUCAAGUCUACAGUGGCAGCCGUGGGCGGACGAUUGUCUUCUGUGAGACCAAAAAGGAAGCAAACGAACUGGCUAUGAAUGCUUCGCUCAAACAGGAUGCCCAGUCAUUACAUGGUGACAUUCCACAGAAACAGAGAGAAGUUACAUUAAAAGGCUUUAGAGAUGGUGUGUUUGAAGUUCUGAUUGCAACAAAUGUAGCUGCCCGUGGUUUGGAUAUUCCUGAGGUUGACCUUGUUAUACAGUGUUCACCACCAAAGGAUGUUGAUUCCUACAUCCAUCGUUCCGGACGUACAGGUCGAGCUGGCAGGACUGGGAUCUGCAUUUGUUUAUUUCAGAGAAGAGAAGAAGAUCUUCUAAAACAAGUUGAGCACAAAGCGGGGAUUACAUUUAAGCGUAUAGGUGUUCCAUCUGCUACAGAUGUAAUUAAAGCUUCAAGUAAUGAUGCCAAGAAGUUGUUGGAGGCCAUUCCUCCUUCUGCAGUAGACUACUUCAGAAAAUCUGCUCAAGAGCUCAUAGAUGAAAAAGGGGCAGUUGCUGCCCUGGCUGCAGCUCUAGCACAUAUUUCUGGGGCAUCUUAUGUACAACAGCGGUCCUUACUCAACUCAACUGCG